UGAAUCUUCUUCUAUGAUCUUCGUUUUUUUAUUGUUUCUUUUGAAACUGACGCUAAAUUCUACUCGCAAUUUUUAUUGAUCGUCCUUUAUCUGGUAAUUGUGCUUCUGAUUAUAAUUUCUUUGUUUUUAAUCUGUAUUCUUUUUUAAUGUUGUUUUUUAAGUCUAAGUUUGAUAUUCAGAAUUAACCAGUUUAAGAAGUUUGGAUUGUGCUUUAUUGAUUUUUCUACUGCAUUAGCGGUUGUUUAGUUAUUUGAGUUUCGCCUUCCAUGUUUACCCGCAUUCAACUAUGGUUCUUGGAGUUGGUCCUGGUUCUUUUUUCUUGUUAUAGUGGAUUGUUCUGGUCUUUUUCUUCUCUCCCUAUCAUCACCAUACGCCGAUUGACUAAUUCUUUAAAAGAUAAUAGAGGAAUUAUGUCAUUAAGAAGAAAAGGAGAGGUGUGAGAGUAAGGAUGUGAGGCCUUCACUUCCUACCAUUUACGAUUCCCCAUGCAUUUAGUAGGUGACAUCUUCACUGGUUUUCUUUAAUAUGUGAACUUAUCUCUUCCUGUAAUUUCAUGUUAAAGUUGUUGCUGUUUGGUCAUAGCUUUCAUGUAUUUACUUUUAUUGGGUUUCUUCAGAUAGUUCAAAACAAACGUAUCAGCACUCUCCAUCCAAUGAACCAAAUCAAGAAACACCUUCCGCUGGAGAUGGAAGUUCCGUUGAAACUGAAACUCGAGUAGAAAAAACUGGAACAAAGAAUGAUGGACCAAGCACAGUUUCACAAAGUGCUGGGGAUGCAGAGCAUGUUGGCAUGAUAACUGGUGUAAGUGGAACUAUCACAACUGCCUUAGCAAAUGCGGGAUAGGAGCUUGUUCUAAAUUCUCUUCAUCUUGCAUUUGAGACAAAGAACUUAAAAAUCCUUGAACCAGCUUUGGAUUGUCUUCAUCGCAACACCAAUUGCUUAUGAUCAUCUCCAGGGAGAUCCUGGUCAAGGAUACCACAGUUGCAUCUGUUGAGGAACUUCAAAACCUUGCUGGUGGUGCUGAUAUUAAGGGUUUAGAGGCUGCUCUUGACAAAGUAGGACAUGUUGAGGAUGGUAAAAAGAUUACAAGGUAUGGACUAAAAUAUUUUACCCAGAUUGCUAGUUUCUGUUUUCUUGCUAUCAUGACACUUGAAACUUAUCGUAGAGGGGUUGGCCUUGAGAGCAUGAGUAUUGGUAAACGUGAUGCAUUACUAGUGUUCCGCACCCUUUGCAAGAUGGGUAUGAAGGAAGAUGCUGAUGAGGUCACAACCAAUACAAGGAUUCUGUCUCUUGAGCUUCUGCAGGUCAAUUUUAUGAAUUUAUUUUAUGCUUUGAAGAAUGUUUCGUUUGUAGUCUUUGCAUAAUAGAAUAAAACGCUUUAAAGUUUGAAGGAAUAUGCUGAUGGGGUCACAACCAAGACAAGGAUUCUGUCUCUUGAGCUUUUUUGUAGAUCAAUUUUAUGAAUUUAUUUUAUGCUUUUGAGAAUGUUUGGUUUGUAGUCUUUGCAUAAUAGAAUAAAACGCUUUCCCAACUAUGUGGGGUCAUAUUUUUUAUAUGCUUCAUUUUGUUUUUCUCUGUUAAGAGGAUAUAUUUGCUAUUCUCAUGCUUGUUAUUAGCAUUGAAAUAUUGUUGUAAUCCUUGAAUAGGUGGAUAGAUUGUUUUAAAAUGCCAAAAUUUGUUAAUUUUGAGAGCAAUAAAGAAAAGAUAGCUAAUGUCAUUCAUCAU